GUUCCUGGACUAUGUUAUGGGAGGCUGCCAAAUUAAUUUUACGGUGGGCAUAGACUUCACUGGCUCCAAUGGUGAUCCCAGUUCACCAGAUUCUCUUCACUACAUCAGCCCAGAUGGGAUAAAUGAGUACUUGAUUGCCAUCUGGAGUGUGGGAAGUGUAGUCCAGGAUUAUGACACGGACAAGCUGUUUCCUGCAUUUGGGUUUGGAGCUCAGGUUCCUCCUAGCUGGCAGGUGUCUCAUGAGUUUGCUUUGAACUUCAAUCCCAACAACCCUUAUUGUCAAGGGAUCCAAGGAAUAGUUGAUGCCUACCGCCAGAUCCUUCCUCAGAUCCGACUCUACGGGCCAACCAACUUCUCCCCUAUUAUAAACCACGUGGCCAAGUUUGCUGCUCACUCGGCGCAACAAAGAACUGCUUCUUGUCUUGCUGAUCAUCACAGAUGGAGAGAUCACCGAUCUGGACCAAACUAGGCAAGCGAUCGUUAAUGCCUCUAAGCUGCCAAUGUCCAUCAUUAUUAUUGGAGUUGGUGAAGCUGAUUUCAAGGCAAUGGAGUUUCUUGAUGGCGACAACGGCGUCCUGAAAUCCCUGACAGGAGAGCCAGCUGCGCGAGACAUCGUUCAGUUUGUGCCUUUCCGACAGUUCAAAAAUGCUCCCCGGGAAGCUCUGUCCCAGAUGGUUCUUGCUGAAGUGCCGAAGCAGCUGGUGUCGUACUAUAAAUUGCAGGGCUGGCCACCUGUGAAACUGCCAGAAAUAAAGAAGAUGUAGACUGCAGCCUCACCCUGGCCAUACAUGUCACUGGGUAAGGAGAGCUGUCUGCGCGCACGUUCUUCCCUUGCAUACUCUGGGGUGUUCAGUGCCUCAGGAUUGUACCAUUCACGCUAGCUCUCUUACCCGCUUGUACUCUGUAUCUUUGAUACUUCCUGUUCCCAACUGGAAGAAAUGUAAAUAUGGAAAGAAUAUAACUGUUGGCAGUGCUUGUUGAAGGAAAUCAGACCGUGUUGGUUUCCACCUUGCAGUGGUGACACAUCAUACCAUGCCUCAUCACUUGACACGACCCACCUGCUGCUUGUUGUCAGAGUGGGCACCUGCACAGAACUGCUCACACAGCACUGCUUCCAGUAUUAGUUAGGACAAACAUUUAUUGUAAAGAUACUUACCAUGUAUUAGUUCCUUGGUAGUUCUUUUCUUCUGUCAAGCUGCCUUGGGAAUGGGGACCCUUCUGUACUGGUUGGUACCAAAGUCUGUUGGUUGGAUGCUUGAGGUAGUUCCUGCUGUGCCUUCAUAAAGUGUCAGUAUAUUUUUAUAUGUAGACAUUUAUUUUUAAAUUUCUGUUACCGUACUUUGUAAUCAUUUUAUUUUUAUUGUCACAUUUUUAUUAGCAGAAUGUAAUUCUGUGAUGGCCUUUUGCUUGGAGUUGUCAUUGCAAUUUAAGAAUGCUGCGCUUUGCUUGUUUGUGGGCAGGGGGGUUUAAUGAGGUAUGUGACUUUCAGAAGUCAGCAAUUGGAAACAUAGACAUUAAGAUGCUUGAGUGAUUUCCCUAGUGUCCCAGUGGUUAUGAAGUGAAGAAGUAAUUACCCGUGGAACUAGGAGAAAGAGCUUCCUUGUCCUCAGAAGUGUGAAGCAUGUGUUACUACAUGGUCUGGGGAUUGUAAGUAGACAGAUGAUAGCAAAGCACGGUUUCUUUGAGACUGGAGAUAAUUCAUUUCAAAAUGAAGGAACUUGCACUACAAGUUGUCAUCACUUUGAGUUGCAUAAAUAAAUAAUCUGCUUUGAUUUACAGA